ACGGCGUGGCGUGAAACGAGUUCAUUCAUCUUUUCCUCUUGCCGCUGUGACGAGUCAAAGAAGUUCGGGCUCGAGCCGACGCCUCGUCACUGCGAAUAAAUAGUAAAACCGAGGACAUUCCGUGAUCAUUAUCGAAAUUAGUGUCUGAAAGGUAGCACGCCUUGCCGCCCCUUCGGAAUAUUGACAUUUUUAGUCAUCUGUGAUAUAACGAUACAGCGGUAUCCUGUUAUUCAAUUUUAGGUUAAAAGUCUCGUGUGAUGAUCAGUGCAACAUUAUAGAAGUUUAAGGACUGUGCGCGCCCUCGUCUCGUGACCGGUGUUCAGACUGAGCUGUUAGAAAAAUGGAGUCCCCGGUGAUGGCAUACGCGUACGAUAUAACGCCGAAUUACUCGUACAUUUUCGAAUUUGAAAAUGAAUUUAUUCAUACCGACUAUCGGAAAUGGAUGACCGAAAAUUGGACUGUGGCGUUUUACUACGUUGGAGUGUAUAUGGCGUUCAUUUUCGGCGGUCAAUACUACAUGCAGAACCGACCCAGAUUCGAGUUACGGCGGACCCUAAUGAUAUGGAACUGUUCGCUAGCAGCAUUCAGUAUCAUGGGCGCGUGUCGGACGCUCCCGGAGUUCAUUCAUGUGUUACGGAACUACGGGAUCUAUCACUCUAUUUGUGUGCCAAGUUUCAUCGAACAAGACAAAGUGUCAGGCUUCUGGACGUGGAUGUUCGUGUUAUCGAAGCUGCCUGAGCUCGGCGACACAGUAUUCAUAGUGCUCCGCAAGAAGCCGCUCAUCUUCCUCCACUGGUAUCAUCACAUCACCGUCCUGCUGUACACCUGGUACUCUUUCACGGAGUACACGUCGUCCGCGCGCUGGUUCGUCGUCAUGAACUAUUGUGUUCAUAGUGUAAUGUACUCGUACUACGCGUUAGUGAGCAUGGGCAAGUACCCGCCCAAGAUGCUCGCGAUGACCAUCACGGUGCUGCAGCUCACGCAGAUGAUCGUCGGCUGCGCCAUCAACAUCUGGGCGCACAACUACAUGGCCACGUCAGCCCCUACCAGCUGCCACAUCAGCCAGAUCAACAUCAAGCUCUCCAUGGCCAUGUACUUCUCCUACUUCGUCCUCUUCGCACAGUUCUUCUACAAAGCCUACCUCUCCCCCAAAACUGGCAAGAAGGCCAAAACCGAACCCAUCCCCGACGUCAGAGACGUCCCAGUCACCAAGAAGGUGAUCAACGGUUACCCGCGGCAAAGGAACGGCGUUGUCGCUCACUAGUCGACGACACACGUGAUAUGUACUAGUUAUAUUGUACAGGUUAUGGCUGUUAUUUAGUUGGUCACGAUUGGGCUCGAUUGCCGGUUCUAUGUCUACCUCGCUAACGUAGUGGUAGGCGCGAUCCUUGACAAUAUACAUACAACCAGUGUUUUACUCCUGAUGUUGCAAUAGUUUUGUCCUCACAUUUUUGUAUUGUUCCCCGAAAUAGCGUUAUGAAGUUUGUUAUAUGUAUCGGCGGUGGUGUCCAAUCGCGGUCAGCCGACGCUAGAGACGUCGCCUCGUGUUACAUUCCACGCUAGAUCGACUGUUAGCUCGCGGCCGAUGCCAGGCUCCACUAGCCCUGGCGACUACUGGCGACUGUCCGAAUUAAACCAAACUUAAGUACACAUUAUGUAAGAUUUACUCAAGUUUUAUUUGAAAACCUUUUACCGAAAAGACUUUCAAAUAAAACAGUUUUUUAAACAUUAACUUCUAAGCUAUAACGUGCUUGUUAAAAAAAACUAUUUUAAUGCGUGAGAAUUUGUCCACCGGACAAACCCCAUAUAGAUAAGCGAUAAGCCUUUAGCUGGCUAUGUACAAAGUAGAUGUAAAUACUCAUUGUAAUCAAAAUAUGUAACCUAACAUAAUUGGCAUUUUUAAGGAAAUUCUAGUACAAAUGUUAACUUAAUGUUUAUCAGUUUUAAUUCCAACAGUCGUCAAUUCGUCAGUGGUCAAUUGAAAAUGGCGGCGAUCUCCUGGUGUCAAAUACCAUGCUUUUAUAUAGGCUCAGUGUACCGAUGAUUUAGGACGUGCUAUUCGAGUAAAGGCUGCAUCGAAUUGAAAAAAGUCGAAUAAUAUAUACUGUAACACUCGAUUAUCGAGUGCUUCGUGUACAGUCCAUUUACAAUCGAAUCGAAGUGUCAAAUGUUGUAAAUAGUGUCGAAUUGACACAAUCUUGCCAUGUUUUUGUUGUAUUUUUUAUUUUUCUGUAAGUUAUCAAUCGAUCAAUGUUUUCAGAUUUUUGUAAUGCCUUUUUUGAGUGCAUCUCUUUUUUAUUCGUCUAAUUUUUAAAUAGAUUUUUUUUUGUAAGUUACGUGAAACACUGAAAUAAUUUCGAUGCAGUUUGUUCGUGACUAUGUUUUAUUGCAAAAUACUUGUUUAGUAAAUAUUAGUAAUUAGAUGAUGUGAAGCAAAUGAGCCAUUAUUUGUUGAUUCAAAAUGCAAAUAGUAGUACAUAUUAUUUUUGACAAAUUACUCUACCACAGGGUCUCGUCUUAAGUUAAGAAUUUAAGUUUGACAUAGUUUUAAAUCUUCGGAUUUUAAUUAAUUUAGGAGUCGAGUAUUGAUUUUCAGGGACCCUGAAUAAUUUAUAAGGUUUUUUAAAUUGUUCAAAACAUAGAAGAUACAUUCCUGGUAUUGAAAUGUGUGAGAAUUAUAUUAUUUAAGAAAUCCGUACAAAUUGUUUUGUAAAUUUAUGGAAUUAUGUACCUACACUCUCCUAAAUUAUUGUUUCACCAAGACCUGUAUAAAAGCUCUACUUUGUUGUUAUUGUGUCGUAUUUAUUACUUAAUGAAAAAAACUUAGUGAUUUUUUUAAAUAAUUUAUUUUUAAAGGGAUAGUUUUACCUAUACACUUUGUAAAUGUUAAACGAUGUUUUGCGCUUCAUGUAAACCGAGUGCGGUGCGUAGGUGUAAUACUUUGAUAUGCUUGUCAAACAAGUGCACAAAGUGUAAUUAUGUAAUUCCUGAUAGUGGAAUAAGCAAUAUUAAUGAAAGUUUCCUUUAAAUUUACAGUUUCGGCGCGUUUAGAAAUUAAGAAAUUAAUUUUAGUAUGGGCAAACGUUCUUUUUUAAACUUGGAGACUUUGUUUAAGGAACAACGAGUGUUUGUAACGUAACGCGCCGCGGAUAUACGGGCGAGACAGUUCAAAUCAACAGUUCCACGCACCUACGUUAACUUGUGCGUUAACGUUACCGCGUGAAAGCUUAACAACCGACGGCAUUUAUGUAACGUAAACGCGGUCGUUGUGAAUAUAUAGACUUAAUUAGAAUUAGUCCGCGACGCUCACAUUGGACCCAUACAAAUUAUUAUAUAAGGCGUCUAUUCAAUGUCCAAUCGUUCACGUAUAUCUAAUGUCGACUUACCGUCGGCGAUGAAUAUUAACCAUUAGACUCGAUUUAUCCGUUAAUAAAAGUACACGAAAGCUUUGGAUAAACGAUGGAACGCUAAAUAGCGGUAUUCUAACUUCACUGUUACUAAAUUAGUAUAGAUUACGCCCUGUAACUGUCCGCCAAUUGACCUUUUUGGUAUAAGCUCGCGUUUAAUCUAUCGCACGGUAUGUUUGGUACGACUUGCUCCCAUGCUCCUUGAAAAUGUAGUUAGUAGAUAUAUCAACUCACAAUAAUUAAUAAAAAUAAGCUAAAACUAAUUUAAGGGAAAGCAUAGGAAAUUGUCCAGCAACAUUUUUAAUCGCUUAGUUUUAACGUCGAAGUCCCAAUACCUUUGGUUGGACUUCGGGAGCGUUUAAAAAUGAGGCUCAGUAUCAAAUAGUUCCGUCGCGGUAGCUCCUAAAACUGGGCCUUACAAGAGUCAGUGUGCAAAUUAGAAUAGUUUUUAGCGAAGGUCAAUUUCGUCUAGUACCGUUUAUAGAAGUCACAAUUUUUAAUAUAGGCUAUUUGAAAUAGGCUGUUAUUUUGUCCAGUUCAUUGCUUUGUCAUUAACGAAUGGUGAGUUUUAGAACUACUUGUAGUAUUAACAAUCGACUAAGGUGGGGAAUGACUUAGGUAUAAUUCGGGAUCGGGGAUUAGGUACUUAGUGCAAACAAAAACAAUGCAGUUUACCUAUGUAGCCUUUAUUUUCGCCACCUAGAGGAAAGUACAUUGCGAAGAAUUUGUUUUUUUUUUAUUAUUUUAUAUCAUCUUUUUAUUUAUUUUUCUUUGCCUAAUCAUGUCUAAUGGAAAUUCAAUGAAGGAGAUUAAUAAUUAUAUGGUGCGGAAUUUCAACCCAGUUGGAAAUUCAUUAACAUCCAAUUUUGUAAACGAAAAGCUACUUCGCUUGAUGUAACCCUUUGACAGACGAGUUUGUGUUCAACUCGACUUCUCAUCACAACAAUUUUAUUACAAUUAAUCAAUCAAGUUUCUUUAAUUUUCACCGUCAACGGGUUAACCUGCGUGGUCAAGGGGUUAAAGUUGCAAUUAAUGCAUUAUAUUUUAUAUAUACUAUUUUGUUCUUGAAGCACUUUUGUAUGCUGAAUUGAUUCAGAAUGUUAUUGUAUUUCAUAAAACUCUUAUUUCGUCGUGUACAACAAAAAUUAUUAUGAUGUAACCUUGUCCACCUGACUUUCAUUUCUGAGAAAUGAUUCAGGGUAAUAAUAGUAAAUAAACAUGUAAUCACUAACGCAUUUAUUAUUUAUUGUGUAAUAUAUUUUCGCAUUUAAAAAGAAAACUGUUGUUGUAAAUGUUCUCAGUAGAACUAAUUAGCGGUUACAGUUCCAUAUUCAAUAAAAUAUUUUAAUAAAUAUAUUUUUGUGAAGGAAGUUUUGUGGUUACAACAUGCAGAUCUAAAGAUUAUAAUAUAGCGACAGAGCAUUGUAAUCUAAAGUGGAAAUAUUCUUGCAAUCAUUCAUUUGUAUUUUCUGGGCAAAUAAAGAGUUAUGCGUAAUCAUUA